AUACGACAAACGUUUUUGUCAAAAUCACUCCAGGCCCGAUUUCUUUGUCAUGCGAUAUUUCUUCUGAAAAACAUAUCUCGUCGAAGCCAAACCACUGGAAAAAUAACUCUCUAAGGAAACAACAAACUAACAGAGCAAUUGUGCUGAAAGCCAUUUACUGGUUAGGAAAAGAAAAAGAACCUGGAAAAUAGAUACAUACAAAUAUACAUACAACCUUGCCUCUUUUUGGACCAAGGAGAAUAAGCGAAGCUGCAACGCAAAAGGCGUUAGAAAUUUGCAAACCGGUUUUUAGCGCAGGAACACCUCGGAACUAUCCAAGUGUCAAGCAGAAAGUAGUGAAAGCACACAGAUUUAAAGGAUCGACGUAAAGAAGCAAAACAAGAGGAAACAUGAACACUGGAAUCUCCCUAAAUGAGCGCUUCACGCAGAUCCAGUCGAAGCAGCCGCCGCAGGGACGCGGUCGCAGCCGCUCGAGAAGCAGGAGCCGGCGGAUCGUGGACAGCGGAGCUGGUAAUCCUGGAGUCUCGGCGGCCAACUCCCGCCUGCUGCAGGAGUUCAAGCGGCGCCACACCGUCCAGACGGCCCUUAAACUGAAGCGCAGAAGCUUACGGACCACCGGCGUGAGCGGACGCGGAGCCCGCGUCGGCGGCGUCAAGUCGCUGCGCCUGGCGCCCAACGGAAAGCCCAUACGGUCCAACAACGUGACCCGGGUAGCAACGAUGCGUGCCGAUCUAGUAGCUAGCGGUAACGCAGCCCGCAAUCGCCGCAGCGGCAGCAGCACUCGCCGUUUCUCCGCCUCCAACGGUGGAGGUGUCGGUGGCCUGCGUCAGCGGCUGGGACAGCGCCGCCCUUCAGUGGGAGGUGCCGCCGAGCGCGUUGAGCGGCGCCAGAGACAGAAGCAGCAGCAAGCCCCACGAGGACGUUCUCGCUCGCGAUCCCGUUCGCGUCUCCCACAACCACAGCGCACAGACAGAGGUCGCUCUCAGAGCCGUGGUCGCAGCGUAGGGCGUCCCCAGAGCCGCAAUCGCGAUCGCUCCGCCCAAGGGCGUGUUCCGGUCAAACAGCGCCUUUCGGUCAAGCAUCGCCUUGGCGUGCGUUCCGGCCAGGGAAACAUCCAGGGCAACAACACGGCCAAGAACCCACGACAGCGUCGGGCAUCGAGCCAACUACGAGGCGUGGUCGGUGGAAGAGUGGAUAAGCGUCGUAACGCCCAGAUUUCUCAAAAGAAGGGAGUUUCCGCCUCACUCGCUGGACGCCAGGGACGUCCACGCGGAAGAUCUGCUGUAAGGAACGCUGCUGGUGGUGGUGUGGCUGUUAACAAUUCUGGCCCCACUCGUCGCUCACGGUCACGCAAUCGCGUCAACGCCGUCGCUGCUGCCGCUGCCACCGCUAACGAUCAGGGCCGGACUAAUAUUCGCCAGCGACGCGGACGCAGUGCGGGCGCUGCGAAGGGAAACAACAUCAGCAAAAACAACAGAAAUGGUAAAGCCAACAAAAACGGCAAGAGCAAGGCGGCAAACGGUGGCAAACAAGCCCCGCAGCAACAGGCUCGCCGGGGACGCAGUCGUAGUCGUAAGCCUACAGGUAAGCCACAGCGCACCGAGGUAAAACGCGAGGAUCUGGAUAUGGAGCUCGACCAGUACAUGUCUACUACAAAGUCUGAGAUGGACUACUUGCUGAAGUAAACCCAAUUUUGGACCAAAAUAAAGGCAUUGAAAAGAAUGGAAUGCGGAGAAUAAAACAAAGCUACCACCGGCUACAGACAGAUUACGUUUCUCUCAUCGCUCUAAGUUACCGCCUAGUUCAUAGUUAUACUUAAGCAUUAAAACAUAACAUUUUAAAAGCGCUCAUAAAGCGCGUUUUAACUUUGAUGUUAUCGUGUACAUAUGGCAAGCUCUAAAACUAUAAGUAAGUUUGCCCGAUAAAUUUGUAGUUUAAUCAAUGAUAUAAUGUUAAUCUCAUUUCCCGAAAUACAAAUUAAUCAUUGCCUAACUUUAAAAAA